AUGAAGGCGAAAAAAACAACUAGAUCGAAAGUUUCUAAUGCAUGUGUCAACUGCAGAAAGAGAAAAAUCAAAUGCACAGGUAAACAUCCAUGUACAAACUGCAUUUCUUAUAAUUGUAAGUGCGUGUUUUUGAAAAAGUACUUGUCCCUAGAGAGAGAUGCUGCGCAGCCACAGUCUGCAGCUGCAGCUGCAGCUGCUGCUGUUGGCCUGUCUUCUACGAAUCCUAGUGUAGAUACCUCUGCAGGUGUGCAUCAUCGUGACACUACGACUAAACUAGAACACCAGAAUUACUUCGAACUAAUGAACGAGCCAAUACAGACUCCAGUCUCUCCGAGUUCUGCAAGUGUCACUAAUAAUAACGAUUACAUCCUUUUUAAGGGCGAUUCUAGUUAUCAAUCCCAGCUCACUACGUAUCAGAGUAUUCUAGCAAAUUUAUAUUCGUUGCCCCCUUCCACCGACACUCAACUUUUAAUCACUAAGACCAAGGCUCAACUAGACAACUUAAUUAACAACUGGAACCCUGAGAUAAACUAUCCCAAGCUUUCCAAGCUUUCACCUCCUCCACAAAAGUCCAUAGAAACUUGUCUUUUAGUGAAUAAAUAUAGAAGUAAGGUUUACAUGACAAGGUUUUCAAUUUGGACGGACCAGAUGGUCAAGAACCAAAGUUCAGAUUCAUUUCUGGCCACUCUCCCGUUAGUUGAUGAGAUUUUUGGUCUUUUCUCUCCGCUACAAGCUUUUUCCUUGAGGGGUAUAGGUUACUUAAUCAAAACCAAUCUUGAUAAUGUACCUUCACCAAUGCUGAUAGAUUCAAAGGAAACCAUUUAUUUGAUAUUAAGACUGUUUGACUUGUGUUAUGAGCAUCUGGUUCAGGGUUGUGUCUCUAUAGCUAACCCACUAGAAAGUUAUCUUCAAAGRACAAACCAACUCUCCGCCACAGCGACACCUGUUACUUUGUCCACCUCGCCAGCCUCUCUGAGUAAUGAUCUGGUCCUCUGUGUCAUCAAUAAACUACCUCAACCGUUUAUCCAAACAAUUACGGGUUUCACAACUGCUCAAUUGCUCGCAAAUUUACACGACGCAUUUUCAAUGUUCCGCAUCGUGACCCAAAUGGCUUCCCUCCAUCGAAAGCGCUUUAAAGAAUUCUUAAAUCAAGAGUUUUCUUUGCCUUAUCAAAAUCGUGAUUUGUUUUCAUCAUUUUGUUCCUCUGAAUAUCUUAUAUCUACACUUUGUUACGCAUACUAUAAUGUCACGUUAUACCACAUGAUAGAUAUAAAUACUUUGGAUUACCUAGAAGAUUUGGUGCCCCUUCUAGAGGUUCAAAACGAAAUCAACGAUCAUUUUGGAUUUGAAAAAAUGUUAGAAGUCGCGGUAAUAUGUUGCAUCAAGAUGGGCUUAGCUCGUUGGKAGUACUACGUUGGCAUAGAUGAAACUACGGCAGAAAGAAGAAGAACAGUUUGGUGGAAAAUCUAUCGCUUGGAAAAGUAUCAUUUAGUUGAUCUUGGUGACCUGUCCCUAAUUAACGAACAUCAAAUUAGUUGCCUUUUACCAAAGGAUUUUAGGGACAUGGGAUUCAUUAACCAUAGAGAAUUUCUAUCAAAAAUCGGUACAUCUUCUCUAUCAUCAUCGUCUCCUGAAUUAAAAAAUUUGUCAUUAACCAGAUUGAUUGAGUAUGGUCAGCUAGCGAUCGCCCAAAUUGUGGGAGAAUUUUUUUCAGAGACUCUUUACAAUGAAAAAUUUACAUCUUUAGAAACAUCUGUUAAACCAACACUCAUAAGACAAAAGUUAUUAAAAGAGGUUUUCGAUAAUGUUGAAUCUUUUAGGGGUAAAUUGGCUAAAAUAAAAUGUCAUACGUCGAAGGUCUUCGAAGUAGCACAAUCUAAUUUUCCACAACAUCCAAGAAAUGACUUGAUUGAAGCAGCAAUAUUCAAGAGCUUUUAUAAUAAUACGUGGUUUUCAAUCCUGGGUGCCGUCAGCAAUCUAAUUGCUAGGCUAUCUGAAGAUCCUGAAGUGAUGACUGAUCAAUCUUUGAAAUAUGGAGAAGAAAUGUUUCAAGACUGGAAAAAGACCAAUGAGUUUUUAGCGAAAGUAGACACURAUUUCACGGUUUGGAGUUGUUUAGAUUCCUAUGAAUUGAUAUUCUUCUUGAUGGCUUCAAAAAUUUACGUACAAAGCCCGAGCGUUACUUUAGAUGAUGUCAUUAGUACUUUGAAGGUCUUCAAGAGGAUUACGAAAAUCAUAUAUUUUUUUAAUAACAAUCUAGACGAAAAAGAUUCUGACUGCCAAACUUUCAAAGAAUUUUCGAGAAGCUCGAGCUUAAUUGCCAUAUCAAUUAGAAUCAUUUUUAUGAGAUAUUGCUUUGCCGAAAAAAUCGAUAGAACUGAAUUUAUCGAACGUUUGAAACAAGUUGAACCAGGUUUAACUAAUCUUUUGAAGGAAUUCUUUGACAAUCGUUCUUUUAUUUAUAAAUAUAUGUUGAAAUCAGUCGAAAAAUCAGGUUUUCAUCUAACAAUUAGGCAAAUGUUGGAAAGUGACUAUAAAAUCUCAUACAAGGACAAACAGGCCACUGGAAAUAUUUCAGACCAAAGUAAUUUAAAUAGGGCUUCUCACUUAAGCAGCGGCACUACCCCAUUCUGUAAUCACUCUUCUACUUCCCCAGUAAGCUCACCCUUAAAGCUAUCAUCUCUGUUGAACUCUGGAGAAGUGCCAUAUACCCAAGAUGUGCCAGGAAAUACUUCAAAUGAUACGCCUCAUCAACAACAAUCAUCGCAGCAAGCUAAAAGACAACAAUCUGUGCCUAAUCAAAUGAACAACACCGAAAAUAAUAUAUACAAUUUGGGCACUUUGGAGGAAUUUGUUAACAGCGGUGAUUUAACCGAUUUAUAUCAUACUCUCUGGAAUGACAAUAUUUCGGAUCCCUUUCUAUGA